AUACCGUGGCGCCGACCUGGAAGGAAGAGUGUCACUUGAUUGAUUGGAAUGGAAGGAAACCUGGGUGGAAGGGUGCGCAGGAUAAGAGUGGGAAACUCUAUGCUCUGAGUCACCCUUUUGUCACGGUCAGCGUCACCAAUUCCCACAAAGGCCACUUUAUUUCUUAGUUUUAAACUUAUUAUUAUUGUGUUGUGAUUUUCUGAGAGAGUCAUCGAUCCAAGGAGAGAGCUUUCUGGGUCUCAAAGUCUGAGCAGCAGAGCAAAUUGAGCAAUGGACGAUCUGCCCUCUGGGUACCGACCCAACGUUGGCGUUUGCCUCAUUAACUCUGAUAAUCUGGUUUUCGUUGGAUCAAGAUUGAAUGUUCCGGGAGCAUGGCAGAUGCCUCAGGGGGGUAUUGAAGAUGGUGAAGAACCUAAAAAUGCAGCUAUUAGGGAACUACGAGAAGAGACUGGGAUAGAAUCUGCUGAAAUUAUUGCUGAGGUUCCGAAUUGGUUGACAUAUGACUUUCCGCCUGCUGUGAAGACCAAAGUAAAUCGUCUCUGGGGAGGUGAAUGGCACGGGCAAGCACAAAAAUGGUUUCUUAUGAGAUUCACAAAAGAUGAGAGUGAGAUCAACUUAGCCAAUGGAGCAGCUGAUCCAGAAUUUGCAGAGUGGAAAUGGGCGAGCCCUGAAGAAGUUAUUGAGCAGGCAGUGGACUACAAGAGGCCAACAUAUGAGGAAGUUAUCAGGACCUUCCAGUCCUACUUCGACGGCAGUGCUUUAUCGACAAAGUGUAAAUCCACAAAAUGGUGAAUGUUGUUGUUGGUGUGCUUCUUGUGUAGUCAUGUUCAUCUUCUUAACUCAUUUUGCCGAUUGAAUUUGGAUCGAGUAGGACUGCUGCUUAUUGUAAAUGAUAAUGAGAACUUCAAAUUAGAUC